GCAUCUUCACGCGUCGCAGUAUCUAUUCCUUCCAUGCGCCAUCUAUUACCUAUCCUGUUGUCCUCAUGCCUCUCACGAACACCAGGAUUUUCGUUUGAACUACGCGUUCUAUCUAUGAAGUGUGAUCGUCCUAGAUCUGGUGUGCCUGUACGACUAAUUCUUCAGGGUUCAUUUGUCGUCCUGCAGCCAGGACUCGAGCAGACUGUGAGACGGACAUAUACACGUGUAGACGUAUAUGAACCCCUGCCUCAAUUCGUCGCACUCACAUCGUCCUGUCGACUGAUGUUGGGACAGCUGUUGACAGCGGAUGUGUCGAAAGUUCAUCCAUCCCACUGCCAAUCCUUAGAGGUAAAUAAGCCUCAUGACAAAGCCUCGUUCGGGAGUACUUCGCCAGAGGCGCGUAGGCAUAGAUAGAAGAUUCCCUCCGGGCGCACCUCUCACGCAGGUCGGUGGAAAGGAUUAUCAGCCCACCAAACGACAGAAGGUCGGAUUAUCAUCCGUCACAAUGAAGAGAGAUGGCGAUCCUCUGUAUGACCCCAUAACAGCACCGCCCGAGAGCAGCGAUGAUGAGGCAGAAAGCCCUCCUAAACGGGAGCUGGGCAUUAAGGAUGAAGAUGAUUCAGACGAAGAGUAUAAUAGGGUCAAAGCCGCCAACAUCCGCGGAACUACUUUCGACAACAAGGAGCCAAAGCUUGGAGCACAACAUACCUAUAGGGGGGAAACGGAAUCUAAACAAUGUGUCGCGGAACGUCAGUCAGUAGAGCCUAAUCAAUUAGAAAGAGAGCUUGAGGCUCCACGCGAAAGGAAGAAAAAGCCCUCUAGAAUAGCGAAAUAUGGCGAGCAAACUAAGCCCAAGAGAUCGGUCUCAUCACAAACAAAAUACUCUACUUCAAGAGGUAUUGCUGAGUACUUAGCCUCAGACGACGAUGCACAACCCCCUUCGAGUCGCAAUUCAUUUCAUCGAGUCAAGAGUAUUAGCCCGAUGAAAUCGCAAUCACCCCGGAAAACGUUCAAGACUAAAAGGCAGAUUUCAGAAUUAGAUGAGCCAGAAGAAUCAAAGCCCAGGUUCAAGAGUGCUCCUCAGCACGAUUUGUCCCCCCUCUCAACUCCCAGAAAGCGUCGCAUGAGUUCUGUAGAUGAGGCUGCAGAGAGUAAGGAUGAAAAAGCAGUCAAUCGUCCGAUUAAAGGGUUGCGAGGUCGUAUACAACGCAAAGGCUCCAAAAGAGAUAAGCCUCUUCCCGACCCUGUAUCAGAGGAGGCGUCUCAAAGACCCGUCUUCAGAGUGCCAGGAUUAGAAGACCUAGACUUGUUUGACGAUACUAGCUCACUAGGCGCUACAACGGCCCCUAUAGAAUCACAGGAUACGUCUUGGGAUCAGUUAGAUCUCGAAGAAACCGAGGCCAUGACUGUACCUAGAUGUCCAAUGUGUCACCAAGAAGUUGAUCGGGAACUACUCCAAAAAUACUCCACCGAUGGGAAAAUGAGCGUUAAGCAGCAAACCGCUUUCUGUCGGUUACACAAACGAAAGUCAGCAGCCAAGGCGGGAACCGAAAAGGGUUAUCCUAAUAUCACCUGGGAUACCUUGGACAGUCGACUCAGGUCACACAAAAACGUUCUGCAAAGAAUUCUUGAGGGAACCCAAGCAUCGCACUACCGCAAAAUACUCAAAGAAAGAGUAGACUCUGGCAAAAGUCGAACGUUGCUAACAAGUAACGACAAUCUCACACCAGGUUACUAUGGACCCAAAGGACUCCAAGUCAUGACGCAAUUCAUCAUGCGUACGUUAUCCGAUGUGCUUCGCAGGCGAGCAGUAGAGGACAAACUGAUCUCCGCGAGGUCGUACACUGGAUAUGUGCAAACGGUGCUCGUUCCCGAGUUGACUGUGCGUCUGAUCAUGGAGGAUAUGUCUGUAGGGGAAGAGAGAGCCCGAGAUGUCUUAGAAGAGAGCGUUGAAAUCGGCGAGUUGCUACACGACGAAGAUCGAGAUGUCGUCAUGAUUAAUGAAUUGGAAGAAGACCUUGCGCCAGAGGUUUGACUGGACGAUGAUAAUAGAUCUCCAUUUGCUGUUAUGGAUCUGCCGGGUUGCUUGGGUCUGGCACCUUUGGAAUCAUGUAAUCGUGUAUAACAAAAAGCGGUAUUACAGCAGCUAUGUUUCCCAGGAUUAUAGCCGAGAUAUUCUACGAGCUGUACAGUACCUAAUAUUACAGUGGGUGGCAGCGAAUAUACGAAUGAACCAGCAAGCCCCCCUUAGACAAUCACAUGCAGCCUCAAUCAUGAGCACAAGUGCAAUUCAAACCAAAUAAAAUUAUCGCCGAUCACACAGAACAUUUAACUAAUCUCGGGCGAAGAAUCUGACUAUGUACACGGACAAUAGAUAAAACAGCAACGAUAUAUACACGAACCAAUGAAGAAUAAUCAAAGACAAAAAGCAAAUAUUUAGAGCACAGGUUUCCCUUCGGAUGUCCCUCAGACACGUCUAAGCGGAAAUCUGGUUAAGAGCAGGGUCUCCGGCAGGCAGGGUCGUAGCAUCGAGACGGGCACGAGUAGCCCAGCGACCAUCGGGCACGUUGCGUCUCUUCGCCGGCGCAACCGUUGAGUUCAAAGCAGUCGAGUUGAGAGGGAGCGUGGCGUUAAGCAAGGAAGCAGACGGCACCCAAUCAGUAUUAACUUC